CUAGGCUGGUGCAUUGCACGUUGCACCAUCCUGUUCGGGUCAUGAAAUGGAAAUAGUCGUUAAAUAUUCUGUUACUUUCGUGUAUGUCGCAACCAUUUCGUAACGUGUUGAUCUAUUAUUCUUUCUAUGAAAGAUUGUAUCACAGUGUCCAAGUUUUUAUGCACGUCUAGAAGUGUUUCAGGUUUCAAAGAUGAGUACCAGAUCAAUGAAAAAAAUUCAAGAAAUGCUCACCAAGCAUAUCUUGGAUAUCUACAAUCAUCGCACAGAAGUAAAGAAGUCUAUUAAUGACAAUCUAGAAAAUACUUUUGACUAUUUACAAGCUCUGCUUACUCAAAUACCAGAGUCUACUUCUGGUCCUUUAAUUGCCCAUACACCAAAAGUCACAAGGAAAAAGACUAGAAAGCAUAUCGAAACUAUUCCAGAAAAUGAUGUCAUUAUGACUGAUAAUACACAUUUAAAUUCUACUGACGUUCAGACUAAAGAUGGUACAAGCGAAAUUUUAGAAGAAACUGUCAGUGGUCGGUCGAGAAGACAAGCUUCAAAGAAAGCUGCAGACAGUAUCCGACAACAACAAUCAUUGACACUUGCCUCGAAAUUACGAAGACCUACCACGGAGGAUGAAAUUGAUAUGAAGAAGAAACGGGCUAGUCAAUUGAAAAGAAAGAAGAUAGCUAGAAGUAGUUCUGAAGACGAGCAAACUGGAGGACCCACCAAACAUAGUAAAACGGAGGCAAGUGUUCUAAGUGAAACCUUAGAAAACAAGAAAAGGAGUAAGAAUUUGCAGACUCAUAAUUCUAAGAUAGAAGAACCGACGCAGGAAACGAAGGUCGAGCUGUCAAAACCCUCAGUGGUGACAAGGAGUUCCAGCAGAAAGAGAAGUUACUCGCAAAGCGAGAACGCUAAAAACCGCGACAUGGACGAAACAGUGAUCGCCCCGAGGGGGAAUGAGAUGGGAGAGCAAUCGGUGUACGAGGACGCGAUUGGAAAGCCUGCUCUUAAUUCCACAAUGAAUUACAACUCCACGUAUAAUUUACAAAACAUGGUCAACGCGACGGUAGUAUUGGAACGCUUGUCGGCAGCGUCGGUGGUGAAACUGAACGAGACGGUGACGCUUAACAAAAAUUUGAUCGCGAAAAAUAAAGAAGAGAAGAGUUCGACCCAUCACAAGAUUGAAGAGGGCAAACCGUCUGCCAAAAAGUCUGUAUCGCAUUCCUCGACAAUCCUGCAGGAUAGACUGCAUUUGAAACAGUUGAUGGCGAACAAAGAUUUCGAUGAUUUGAUUACGGAAGACGAGUCAUCACCUGAGGUGAAGAAACGUAAGACAAGUCUGAAGAAACGACCGAAACGCGUGAUCAUGUCAAUGACGUCGAGCGAGGACGAGGUGCUGAGCACUCCGAUAAAACCGACCCUGAAGGAGAAGAACACCGUGACGGGAUUCCAGGACUUAAAGAGCACGUACAAGUCGAACACGUUGUUUAGCCCGUAUGCAAAAGAAUCGGUGAAGAAGAGGAUCGAAGCAUUCGAGCAAGUGGGCAUGAGUCCGAAGACUCUUAAUAUCGAAGAACCAGUUAGAUUAACGAGGACGAAGACGCGUGCUAGAGCUGCUGCACAAGCAGAAGCUAUGCAAAAUGCGAACAGUAUAGAAAAAACGGUUGCUCAGAAACUGGCACGAAAGUCGCUCGCGAAAGCUAAAAAAAUUUCAUUGGUGAAACAGAAUAAAAAUAAUGACGAGCACAAAGAGAACAAUUUGCUGUCAUCACAGAAAGCCAGUAAGUUAAUAACUGCAGAGAAAUUGAACGCCACGAAACAACUGAAAGCGACUCCGUUGUACAAAGGAAAAACUCAUUUACCGAUGUCUGUUGCUCGUAUUCCUCACACCCCGGUGAAUCAAGUUCACUCGAAUUACAAGGCAUUGAGCGCGACGCGUGGGAAUAUAAUCACAUCAGUCGACUCUUUCAUUCAACACCCCAAAUCAGUAAGUAAACGUAACUCACUGGAAAAACAAGAAGAAAAGAGGCGGAAGUUGAAUGAUGAAGACGCAAAAAAGAAACGAGAAGAGACUCUUAGGCUCCAAACAGAAGAGAAAAGGAGGAAAAGGCAAGAGAAGGAAUUGAAGAACAAACUGGCAAGGGAGGCGAAAGAGAGACAGGAUAUGGAAAAGCGUCAGAAAGCCGAAAGGGAUAGAGAGGAGAAAGCUCGUUUGGCCCAACAAAUACUAGAGAAGCAACGGGAAGAAAUGGAGAAGAAACGGCUAGCUCAAUUGCAACGAGCUCAGGAAACAGAGGAGAGAAGAAAACAAGAGGAGCAGCUACGUAUGCAACGUUUACAGGAACAAGAGGAGGCGGAACGUGUGUUAGCCGAGCAAAGGCGUCGUGAGCAAGAGGCUGAGAAACGGAAAGAAGAACGAGCUCAGCAACAAGAGGCGAUUAAGUCUAAGAAUCAACUGCACCAAACAAAAUACGGAACCAAGAACAAUGGCCCGACAGCGUACAUACUAGAUAGCGAACCGGAUGAGGAUGGCUCUGAUGAUGAAAGCAGACCGAAGCAUGUAAUUCCAUAUUGGGCACUGCCGCAUGUACGCAAAGCUCAACUUGCGAUGCAACGAUACAUUCCGCAGAAGGCGAUCAACCUUUUCUUUGAUACCAAGAAGUGCACUCCUGAUUUAACUCAAAUGUUCCAAGGUAUAGAUAGAAAUAGAUUGAAGCGUACGUCCAGCGCAAUUUGGAAAACGCCGCCACGUUAUUCCAUGAUGGAAUCUGACUAAGAGAGUAGCGUCCUUUUUUAACUUGACGCUGCUUAAUUGUGCCUUUACAAUGAAAUGUUACGUAUUUUCAUACGUCGAGUGUGUAAUAUAGGUAUGCAAUGAUGCCAUACCAUAAGUAUUGCAAACACAUUUCUUCUCACCAUACUGCCAUGAAUGUAAGACAAUUUUUAUCUAAUUUUCUUCCUGGUUCUUUGAAAAUAGCGAAUUUCUUAUCGUAACUGAUUAAUUAACUAAUUAUACUGAUGCAACGUUUUAUUGAAAAAUAAAAUUUAUUAAACUUGGUUCGUUUAUAAUAUUUUACAAAACUAGUUGUUUUUUUAUAAAAAAUAUUAUCUAUCAAAGCCUUACUUCAAUGAAGCUCUUCGUUCUAGCCGUUUGCUUGUACCACUUGGUUUGCUAAACGAAGAAUUUUGUUACAUUUUAUAUACAUACACACACACACACAUAUAAUAAUUAUUAUCAGUAAUAUAAUGAGUAAAUGGCUAAGAUAACAAGAUAUAUACAUAUUCGUUGGAUUGUAUGAACCGUUAAAUUGCAUGGUUUACUUUAGCUCUUUAUGUCCAUGUAGAAGUGGUGGUAAUUUUGGUGUUUGUACGACUUCCAAAGGUCUUAGUUUUAAAUGCGUGUAUAUAGGUAUCUGUAAUAUUAUUUACUCAUUAAAAUGUAAUAUUUAAUA